AUGCACUGAAGGGAUGGAUGAGGCGACUGACCACACACGCAUACACAUACAAGGGGUGGAAGGGGUCGAUAGCUAUACAAGUCACACACUGUCUUGUAUACAGUGGACCCACGCCAUGCCACAGACAGAUGUACACGCAUUACCCAUUGGUCAGUCAAUUCACACGCUAUGUGCCGUCCGUCCGACCGGUCGUCAUGAGCACAUGCGGACCGGGUGGCAUCACGAGUACUUGAGGAACAGCAGCAGCCUAUCCUUGACAUCGCCAGGAGUCUUGAGCAAAUAGCGGCGACCCGGCGCGUAUGAACUGGACACACGGGCAGGACAUGUGGCGUGUCGAGGUGAGAAACGUCGCCAGUGUGUGUGUGCUUACGAGUCGAGCUCCAGGUUGCCAGCCGCGAUGCGCAGCUGCUUCUCAGAUGCCCCGUGGAUCCACUGCUCACUCAGGCCUGCACAUACAGGCACUCAGACACAACACAGACAUCCUUCAUUCGGCCAUAUUGUAGAGCGACGCCAUCGCUCCUACCGACGAGCUCGCAGUAGAGUGUCCUCGCCUCCGCCCCCUCGUACUUCGACACGCCGCCACUGAACCUGACUCAUACGCACACACAUGGCUUCGCGUGUGCAUCUGCCUGUCUAUGCGGCCUUACGUCUGUUUCUGUUUUCUGUUCCAUAUGUUGCCGAUGGACAGGAACUGCUGGUGCUUCCUCUUGGCCCUCUCGACCUGCCUCCGCAGCUUCGCGCACUCUGAGUGCGUCGCAUCCAACAGCAACACACGACAUACACAAACACGAUGAGUCAGAGAUCUUGUGCGUGGUCCCAUCCAUGUCCACGUCUCUCGGCCCUUUGUGUCAGCCCUGACCCACCGUUCUCCUCCUUCUCUCUCCUAUCGACCACCUGCUUCUGACCUGAGAAGGAGAAAGAGAGUAUCGUACGCUCACAGAUGUGAAAGUGUGCAUAUGGUCAGUGGCAAAUACGGUUCUUGAAGUCUUUGAGUUCCUCCUCGGUCAGCGAAGUCGCCACGCUCUUCGAUAUGAUGUUGUCCAAACUGACGUUGCCCACCGGCACACGUGUGACGGCCUGCCUGCACUGCGGGCACUCCUUCUUCUUGGCGCUCCGCAGCCAAUCCUCAAGGCAAGAACGGCAAAAUGAGUGGCCUGCACGAUGGAUGCACAAAGACACACAUCGGCAUCGGUAGGUCGAGAAAUCUCCAUCUCUCUCUGUCUGUCUGUCUGCCUGUGACGUACCACACUCGGUGGUAGCGGCCUUUACGAUGACUUCCAUGCACACGCAGCACUUGAGCUCAUCGGCCACGUCCGAUGCCGCCGCCUCCGCCGCCCUCUUCUUCUUGGCUGCUUCCAGGUUCUUGUCAUACUCAUCAUCUACACACAUAGAAGAGACACACACAGACACAUGGAAGCACAGCCCCGCUGGCCUCGCGUGGCCUUCCCUGAAUGUGUGUGUUGCUGUCACCGACCGAAGAAGAUGUCGUCAUUGUCGAGGUCUAUGGGUGGGGCGAACAGGUCAUCAUCUGACUGGUGGGCGGGCUCGGCAGCAGCAGCAGCAGAUUCGGGGGGAGGGACGGGGGCGGGGGGCUCAGGAGCGACGGACGACUCGGCAUCUGGAUGCAGAUCCAUAUCCUGUGGCUCACUAGCAGCGGCCACCGCAGCAGCAGCCGUCUCGUGUUCCUCCAUCUGUCUGGUCCGGACGUUAUCGGCGUGGCUGGCCGCCGGCUGCUCCACUGCCGUUGCCUCCCGCCUCCCCGCCUCCAGCCGACGGCGCUUCAACACCUCCUGAGACCUGCAUGCGACACACAACACAACCCACCCAACACACGGAUCCAUUUGCCGUCCAUGUGUCCCCUUUUCUCUGUGCAAAUCUCACUCAUCAGCGUCUGUGUGAGCUGCAGCAGCGGGUUGCUCCUGUGGGUGGGGUGCAGACGCAGGCGCGGCGGGCUGCGCAGCGGGCGCCUCUGCGGGUGGCUGUGGAUGUGGUUGGGCGGUCUCGUCGAUACGAUAGUUGGCUGCAGUGGCUAACGAUAGGUGGGGGGGUAGCUGGGGGUGGCGCGAAAACAUGAAGACGUACUCAAACUCAGGGGGCUGCAGACACGGGCAACAGAGGGACACAGACAGACACACAGAUUCCUGGCCCUCCGUCCAUCCCCGACGCAUAUGGUGUUUCUUGCCGACCUGAAUGGUGUUGGUACCGAACACGACAACAUCUCCCUCACGCAGCUCCCUCGUCCCGCCCCCCACCUCCCUCCCAUUCACCAGCACACCGUUCAUCGACCGCUUCUCGCCGUCACCGUCAACAAUGGUCCACCGGCAGCCGCCGCCGUCCAUACUGGUGCGGGUGAUGAGAGCAUGAUGGCGGCUGAUCAUGGCCACAAACUUGGUGGAGGUGAUGACGACAUGGUUGAGCGACGAGCGGCCGAUCCGGGUGCUGUCCCUGCUCAGGUCGAUGGUCAGGGGAAUGCCGCAACUGUAGAGGAGGAAAAUGCACAGAGGGAUGAAUCGUUUGUAUUCAGCUUCAUCAUCACCGUGCCCUUCUCGUGUAUGUGUUGUCACCUGGGGAAGGAAGUGGCGAGAAGGAAUAGAUAUGCGGACUCAUUGCUGCCGGCGGCGGCACUGCUGCCGGCGGCGGCACUGCUGCUCGCCAUCACAUCACUCCUUCCAGCACAGGCAAUGAAUCUCCAUCACGAGCAAAUCAUGAGCCCUCCUUUGUCCGUGGGAUCAUUGCCAUGCCUUCCCUCUUUGAAAUCUCUC